AUACCCUAGAUAACUAAAUCCACAGUUAACAAUCAGCCAUAACCACAAAGUAACACUGUUGCUUCACCUUCUAAUGGUGGCCUGUUUGUAUAAUGAUGAAAGAUUGCAAAGACUGUAAAGUACUGCUAUUGGUUGAAUGAGUCCACUAUCUGUAGACCAGUAGGUCUUUGUGGUGGCUGUUAUAAUAAGUUAUGUUUAUCAGCUAACAGCUUUGUUCGUUGGUAAGUUUUUUAUUGUACUUGUAGUUCACAUUUCCUUUGAGAACUCUGGUCAUUUUGAGCCAAUUUUACACAGAACUCCCCACAAUACAGAGGGCUCCUUUUGGACAUAGAUAAACAAAAUAAAAGGAAGAAAGUCUACAUAAUGACAAUAUUUGGAGAAAAUGGACAAGGAUGACACUCUGAACUAAAGUGCAUACAAUAAUUAAUCAACACACAUUAUAAGCAUCAACAAGAUUUUUCUAAGCUGAACUUGUCUUCUGAUCUCUGACCCCCUUCAAAGGAAGAACUUCCUUCCUUAGAUCAAUAAAGUGAUACAUUGUUUGUUUUUGCUUUAGUGGCUGGACACUGUGUGACACUGUAUUGAUCGUAGGAAGGAAGUUAUUCUUCCUGCAACUGCAUAAUGGACUGACACAGAAAAAAAGCAGCAGUGUUUCACAAAAUUCAGUAAUUACUUCUAACAAUGACAAUAAGCAAGAAUAUUUUUACUUUAUCGCACAUGUGUGUAUUUAUAUCCUUCUGGGGACAUCUUAUUGACAUAAUACUUUUCCUAAUACUUUACCCUAAUCCUAACCAUUAAAAAUGAAUGCCUAACCCUGACCCUUAAGAGGAGGAUGCUGACGAGAAGAAGAGGAGCCAAGGGGGAAAUAGGAUGGUACAGCCGAUCCCUAGGACCGUGCACUAAAGUUUGAGACAAAAUAAACUAAGCCAAAACUAUAAAUACCUAACAUAACUUAAUUGUAACCCUGACACUAAAACCACAUUUUUAGUCUCAGAAAUGCCUUCAGACCGGGAUUUUGGUCCCCACAAGGGCUGUCGCUCCCCACAAGUAUAGUAAACUUCCAAUUUUUGGUCCCCAUAAAGAUGUUAAUACUUGUCCCCACACACACACACACACACACACACUCGCUCUCAUAUCUCUAAAGGCCAUUGUCUCACAGGCUUUCAUCUGGCUCUAAAUUCUUUAUUUUAUUUUCUUAUUUUUAUUUUUAUUCAUCAUUUCAGCCGAACUCAAACAUCUAUAUAUUUACUGAUUAUGUUCUGAUCAGUACUGAACACAGUUAACUAUCAGAAAAUUCACACAUGAUUCAUAAUUUUGCCUUUAACCCUUACAACAUUUAACAUUAUUUUUCUUAUUCAAAAGUAUAAGGAUGGGUUGGCAACAUAGUUAUUAUCUUGUCAAACUCAGACAUGAAUAAAAAGGUCAAGGAUGGAUCAUGUCUACACACACGAAAUCGACACAUUAGAAUAAAUGUUUUUACUACUCAGACUUGUAUUUUUGAUGAUUAAGAAUAAAGAUGAUCUACUUACUAGCAGAUAGGGAAAAGCUCUGUUCUAGCACUCUGAUCAUUUUUAAAACAUAGGGUUGGGUGACAAGUUCUUUUCUCCCCUCAGGUGUGAUGGUUGGAGGGGGACACUUCAGACUCGCUCUACUUCACAUUAUAUGACAAUGGACAUGGUGGAGGUCUUUAUCAGGAGAAAAAGCUAUAAAAUCUAUGAAAAUACAGUCAAAAAAUUAUCACAUUUAUGCUGCCCUCCACAUUGUCUAAAGUCUUCCUGUGGGCCAGUUUGGAAUCUUUGCUGUGUGGUUUUGUGAAGAAUAAAAAACUUCUCCUCAAAAGAAGGACUCUCAAAUUGUUGGCGUUUCACUUUAAAACCUGUUACUGAUGACAUUUUUCAACUGAUAAACUCCAUCACACAAUGAUGAUACCAAGGGAGAAUGAAGCAAUGCCUGUAACAGUCAAGACAAGUAAGUUCACCAUGCAAUGAAUGAGACAGGUAUACCCAAUUGGCACAAAACACCUGUCAUUCAGUUUUGAAGAUUUCCAUAAAAUACUAUGAAUUCACAGCGAGGGUAAACUACAAAUGAAGAUGGGCUGCCUGUGAAACUGAGCCACUCUUACACUAGUGCAGCCGGUGCUCACUCUCCCUGCAUCUGACUGUUUCUACUUAGUGCUCCUGGGUUUAACCAUGUCCGUCUUCAAACCACACCAGGUUUGCCCUUUACAGUGGAUUUCUCAGCGAUCACAUUUUGCCAUGAUGACACACAGACAGACAUAGUCACAGAGUGAAAACAGUAUCAGCUAUGGUGUCGAGGCUGCUUAUCAGUGAAUCUUAUUCCAUAUGCCAUGUGCUUUCUUGUAUGCUCAGGAUUUAGAUGCAUGUGGCAGUAAUAAGAUGUAAUUAGGUUAUCUAGUUGGAUUCCCAUCCUCUUCAUCCUCUUAAUAUUGAUCACUGCUACAAUGUCCUGUCAGGACGUCAUUACAUAAUGGGCCAGUGGAGUGUAAAACAGUGUUAACUUACAUCCUGCUGUCUCAUUCAACUGGAGGUUAUAGAGAAUGACCCACCAAACCUCUGUUUCUCUCCACUUUCUGAAUCAGAGCCACCCUUUUAUACUUGCAUAUUUUAAGAUAAGCAGCAUGGUAAUGAUUUUUGGAAGAGGUUUCCCUGCAACAUCUAUGCACCACUUCCUUUGGAACUGAAGCACCUAAAGAAAGCCAUCAUGGAAACAGCCUUGGCAGCUGAGACCAGCUCUAAAUGGCUGUGGUUGAAGAGAGCUCACAGAUGGAACCCUUCUGUAGAUGAAGGCAGACUGCCUUUUGCUACCCCACUUAAGCAAACCAUACACGUUAAAGUGAAAAAAGCGAGACACCUGCUGAUGAUGUGAAAAGGUUCUCAACAUACAGGAAGCUCUGACCAUUCUCCCAUCGAGGGACACCAAAGAAAUCUAGCACCACUAUAUUCUAAAUUUUUCACUAUGAUUAAAUUUUUUUCACCUUUAUUAUAAGAUACUUUUUUACUGUGGAUAUAGUGGUCAGAGUUCUUUUUCUAGCUCAUCUGUGGUAUUUAAUUAGCAAUUUUUAUAUUGCACAUGUACAUAGUCUAUAGGGUAUGCACUAUGUCAGUAUCUGUGUAUGUAUAUACACUGAGUCACUAAGUCCAAUGACCAGCCUAGCUUAAGUUACGCGCUUUCUAAUAUGACAUAGAAGAGAAACCUCUCUGUGUGCACCUUACUUGCGGGAAACAGAGCGCCGGUAGGCAUAAAUAAAUCUCCCUGGAGGAAAGUCGAUACUGUGGCUCACAUGUCUAGGAGAUGAAUAUCCAAGCCUGUCUGCAUCUUAAUAGCUACAAAGCACUGUGUAUAUCAUACACCUAAAUCUGCACUUUAAUAUGUGGAAGAACUACUAAAAAAGGAAAUACAGCAGUAUCAGAGUGAAAAAAAUAACAUUUAAAGUUUUACUAACUAAAUGUACUCAAAAACAUAAGCGUCUAAGAUUUGUCAGCGUGGAGAGGAAGUUUGUCUUUUAAAAGUCCUCGAUGUGUUAAAAAGAGUAGGGUUAGUAGCAGCCUUGCCAUCAAGUGUUACCAUCUCUAUCAAAGCAGAAGUUUGGGCACUUUGCUGGUCCGGAGGAAUAAAGGUGUGUAUUGACACAAUACAACAAUCUUCCUAGAAGUGGACAUUUCAUCAAAUUCAACAUAAGGUCAGACCAGACCAUACAAUGCUCAGAAAAAACUGCAAAAUCCCAAGAGCGACAUCUCAGGUUCUACAACCUUUAUGAAAAUUCAUAUUCUUGUUAUGAACUUUAACAUGAUAGUGAAAUAUUAAAGUUUAUAAUAAUAAAAUUAGGAAAAACACUGAACUAGUAUGGCUUGUAUGGAAGUGUUGUAAAGACAUAAUAUAAACAGAGCAUGGCUUGUUUGCAAAGUGCCAACUAAAAAAGCAACUAAAUAAAACCUGCAAGACUUUUGGAACAAUGUCCUUUGGACAGCUAAGCACACCAUAUCAAAACAAACACCCCGCACUAACAUCAAGCACUGAUGGAGUGGUGAUGAUUCGGGCUUAGUUUGCAGCCACAGGACCUGGCCAUCUUUUGGUUGACCAUGAUUCAAUCAAACAAUUAUAGAUACUCCUGAUUUCAACUCAUGUUAUAAAGUACACAUGUCCACAGAAUCAGUUUCUUCCAUCCCAGCCUCUUCACCACUAUGGUCAAGACCGAACAGCUGUCAAAGGACAUCAGAGACAAGAUUGUAGAGCUGCACAAGGCUGCAAUGGGCUACAAGGCUAUCAGCAAGAACCUUAGUGAGAAGAUGACAAUUGUUGGUGCAAUUAUUUGGAAAUGGAAAUGGAACAUAAUUCCCCUUCGGACUGGAAGUCCAUGCAAGAUCUUGCCUCAGGGCUUGAGGAUGAUCAUAGAGAAAGGCGGUGGACCAGCAUAAAACUACAUGGGAGGAGCUCAUUAAUGGGACCACAGUCACCAAGAAUACCAUGAGUAACAUGCUACGCCAGAGUUAAUUGAAAUCUUGCAGUUUAAGGUUUAGUUUAAUUACUACAUUUUCUAAAAAUGUGUUUAGUCUAUUUGCAGGAGCUUGGAAAGAAAGCAAAUGAACUUCUUUAAGUUUCUUGAACUGUAAUUUUGUGGUCAUGGCUUUAACUAUAAAGUGAUGGGCUAAAUUAGCAGUUAUAUCAAUUUCAUUUUAAAUCUACGAUAAAGUAGGCCAUUCCCAUGGGGUCAGAAAAAAGAUUGACUGCAGAAAAGUCUAGGGCAAAGCAACCUUUUGGAUAUCUAGAGCUACAGUCUCAAUUUCCGUCCAUCCAUCUGUGCCUUGAUUAGCUGUUGAACUUAAAAAUGCAUUAACUAUGAUCUCGAUCCUACUAACGCAAAUUCUUAUUUCACUUCAGCUUAAAUUACCCUUCCAUCUGCUGAGCAGAUUUAUAUUUGUUAUAAAUGUCAAAUUCACCCAUAAAAUGUAUGCGUCUGUGUCAACAUGCCCCAAGACCUUUUCAAUCUCAGUGGAGACUUUAAAAAUAUAAACUAAUCAAAAGUCUAUUAUUUCACUUCACAGAACAUGCAACUACAUAUUGUAUAUGCUUCCAAGACUAGGUCGAAACAAGGUAACUCAGGCUAUAACAUACCUAACAGUUCCUCCCCCAUUACUGCACAAAUGUCAGUGAACAAAUUUCUGUUAUAGCCUUCAUAUAAAACAUAUACAAGGACAGUAACUUCUCCAUUCAUUCAAAGCUGCAUCAAUUAUUCAUAAAUGCUCCGACUCCAGGGAUCGAUACCUCUAUAAUGUGGACUGAUAUGAGCCCCUGGUCGAGUCUUGGCUGCAGCAAGUUAAUGGGCAGACUAGAUUUCAUCCACUGCUCGAGCCACUUCCUUCACAAAACUCUGCACCACACCCCACUGACACACUUUAUAAAAUUACAGAAUGAGGGGAGAUAUAAGAACAGCACAAAAGGGUCAAAGAACAGUAAAUAUGGUCAAAGUACAAGUGAGAGCAUCCCCCAAAUUUUUGUUUUGUGAAAUUACCAAUUAUUUAUCAGCUGAGGGGUGAAACCUGAUAUGGCCCUGCGUAAAAUUGUAAAGUAGGCAUCACAAAACUGAGAAAGAACUUAAAGUGGUUUUAGGAAUCCCCAAAAUGUAUUAGAUUUGAAUAUGCCCCACGACAGACUGGCGACCUGUCCAGGGUGUACCCUGCCUCGCCCUAAGAGAGCUGGGAUAGGCUCCAGCCCCCCACCCCCACAACCCUGAAAAGGAUAAGAUGGAUAAUGGAUGAAUGGAACUGGCUUGAUUAUCAUGAAAUUAGUUUUGAAAUUUAGCUCUCAUCAGAAAUAACAGCAACUACUGUCAUCUUUCCUUGUUUGCAAUAACAUCUUUUAAGGGUUUUGUUAUGUUUUUUUGACCAAUACUUUUUGACAUUUUAUGUGUAUUAUAGACAUUUGUCAUCACAGCCAUUUUAAAAUGAAAUAGUAGGUAAACACAGGUGUUUCUAAUCACAUUAAGAAUGCUAGCUAGGAGUUGCUAGCUUGUCAUGGUAGCAAUAGCAUGAGGUAUAGGAAGUGUUUAUCCACAGAAAAAUGAUUAAGGUUGUGACACCAUUCAGUGGCUUCUGUACUGGACACAUUUUGAUACCUUACCACUAGCAUUGCACAAUCUAAUUUUUUCCUUACCUGGGAUGAUUGAGCAUGCAUCAAGACUUUACCACUAGCAUUUUAUCUCCUGCCAUGUUUGUUUUCAGAAGGGACUAUGCAAGCUGUAUGUGCAACUGUAUGGGUACAAGUAUAUACCCAUCAUUCCAUUAAAAAUGCUUCAAAAGGCACAACUACAGUAGAGGGGUCCAGUUAGGUAACUUGAAUUAGGAGAGGUUAGUACUAGUUAAAAGUUUACUUUUUGACAAAGCUUAUAGUUAGGGCUGAAUCAGGUGACCUCCCUCAGUUACACUGCAAUAUGCUAGGCUGCUAGGGGCUUCCCACAAAGCACUAAGUCUUUCUUUUUCAGUCACGUUUUUCACUCACUUUCACUGUGUUUAUACAACACAUUUAAUAAUUAAUUAGUAUUAAUCUCUGCCUCGGCUCUCUUCCACAGUGUGUCUUUUCUCUGUGGUUGCAGCAUAUGGCUGCGCCUGCCUGAGCCUGGUUCUGCUGGAGGUUUCUUUCUGUUAAAAAGAAGUUUUUCCUUUCCACUGUUGCCAAGUGCUCAUAGAAGGUAUGCCAGAUUGUUGGGGUUUUCCCUCUGUUGUUGUAGCAUCUUACAAUAUAUAUCUUACAAUAUCAAGUACCCUGAGGCGACUAUUGUUAUAAAUUUGUUGCUAUGUAAAUAAAAUUUAGUUGAAUUUAACUUUAGGCAUGAUAAAAAGGAGUUAAAUAUGAUUUUAAGUGCUGUUAUGUUCAGUAUAUUUAUAUGGGAGUCUGUUGACCCUCUUUUGGUGCCAGUCUCUAGUGAACUGCAGUUUUUUGCUUGUCCACAUUAGCUUCCUUUUUCAACCUGGAGUUUGCUGCUGGCUUUUACUCCGGCCAUGGAUUCCCAACCUAGCUCAUAACACUUUUUAAAGAGUGUUAGUACCUUACUAAGGUUUUGUCAUCUUUGUAAAGUUCAGAUGUUUCAUUUUAAUUCUUUUACGAAGUUUUGAGUAAAAUAAAUUGAUCCGGUUGUUGACCACAACACAUGGUGUUAUUAUCCUGUUCAGCUGUGUGAUAAUGUGAAAAGCAUUAAAUAUUCAGUUAAGAGGAAGUCGAGUGUCACUACAUUAUCUGAGAUGUCAGGGAUUUAUUGAUGACUAUCCUUUAUCUCUUUGAGCAGAAAGGGCACACAGAAACUCACUCACACAUUAAACCACUGGGAGUAAUAUUAUUUGUUUGAUAGAUGUAGUCUAUUUGUUUCAUGAAUUAUAGAUCUUCCAAAAUGUCAUCCAGAGCCAGAGGCAUGUUCCAACUCACACACUGUACACAUGACAUCAUACUGACAGAUGAGUCCUUUCAGCAGCACUUUCUGGAAGUUUUAACUGGGAAACUCAAAGGUUAGUCAAUCAAUAAGUAAAGCUUUUUAAAAUCCUUCCUUGUUUCCUCCACAGAGCUGAAUCAUUAAUCAGGCGUACAGACUGCCUGUAAAUCUGAGGCAUAACCUCCUCCACAGACAGACUUAAAGCUCUUCAUGAAAUGCGCUUUGAUCUUUUAGGUUAAGCUGUGGUCCUGGUCAGGUUAAAGCAACUCAAAGCAACAUAAAGAAAAAAUUAUGAGCACGGAUAAUAUAUAUCUUUUGUGUAUGGACCAAAAAAUACUCACUGCUGUGGUUAUCUUUGAUCUUUUUGGGAGAUGGAAUAUAUCAAUGGACAUGUAAGAAGGGAUGUAAGACAGAAAGGAGGAUGUUUCCAUCUUAAUCUGAGACCGCCCUCUCCUUGCCACACUACCCUCAACCAUUCUCCUGGCUCGACCCCACUCCAACUCUUCUCAUUCAUUCAGACCCGUCCAGGGCGGAGAGGAAACUGCUGCUCCCUCAGGGACUUGGCAUCAUAAUUAUAUAGGAAGCAGAGCAGUCUGUCGGUUAUUAGAGGGAAAGAAAGGCUGCAGGCUGGUCUUGUGCAUGGACACCAGUGUGCAGUGGACAAGUGGUCAUAACAUGGAUGUGGAGCUCUAUUUCUGACACUGUUAGGAAGACUGAGAGGUGGAAGCAGGCAUGUCAGAGAAGAAGCCCCGGGUCUCGGACACUCGGCCCAAAAGUGGCUUCCGCAGCUGGAGUGCAGACAGUUACAUUUGGAAGGGGAAGAAACACUCCCGGAGCUCUCACAAUGGGUCGAGCCCUGGAAGCAUGGAGGCGGAUGGGACAGAGGAGUUGGGUGUGCGGUCGUCAUCCUGCUCAAGGAGGCGCAGAGAGAGGAAAUGCAGCUGCAGCGCUCUAGGGGACACGCUGACGUCUGGAGAUAUCGAUGUGAUGUGUCGGAAGGCCUUGUCACGGCGCUCUCUGCGGCAGAAGUUUCAGGAUGCUGUUGGCCAGUGCUUCCCUCUGCGCUCUCACCAUCACCACCACCAUCACCACCACCACCAUCAUUCAUCAGGCUCCUCACGACCCUUUUCGGUGCUCUUCUGGUCCAAACGCAAGAUCCAUGUGUCAGAGCUCAUGCAGGAUAAGUGCCCAUUCUCACCCAAGUCUGAACUGGCCCGAUGUUGGCACCUAAUUAAAAAUCAUGCUACCCACCCAAGUGCCCUCAAGGACAUGGAGGCUCCCCUCAAACCUAGUGUCUCAUCCUCUACCUCUCCACCACAAACUCCCAUCUCGUGGGAGGACAUCUGCUGCUCCCCUGGGCCUGGAAGCACUAGUCUGGAGGACUGGGACCCUUCUUGUGCUCACGGGGGAGAAGAAGGUAGCUGUGGACACACUGACUACAUCCUGGUCCCAGAUCUCCUACAGAUCAACAACAACCCAUGCUACUGGGGUGUGCUGAAUCGCUUUGAGGCAGAGGAGCUGCUGGAGGGCCAGCCUGAGGGCACGUUUCUGCUCCGGGACUCUGCCCAGGAUGAAUUUCUCUUCUCAGUGAGCUUUCGACGCUACAGCCGUUCCCUGCAUGCACGUAUUGAACAAAACGGCAAGCGUUUCAGCUUUGAUGUGCGUGACCCGUGUAUGUACCGUGAUCCAAGUGUGACAGGACUGCUCAGGCACUAUAGCGACCCAGCCACCUGCCUCUUCUUUGAGCCACUCCUUUCCAGACCUCUGCCAAGGAACUUCUCUUUCUCCCUCCAGCACCUGUGCAGAGCAGUGAUCUGCAGCUGCACCACCUACCAAGGCAUAGACAGCCUGCCGCUGCCACCUCAGCUCAGGGACUAUCUCAGACAAUACCAUAUUAAGUGUGACGGGGCCUGUGCUGUGUGACUAUCCAAAGCAGGCCUCAUACUAAGGACAAGCAAAAGAAGCUCACCUUGGCAAAAGUACUGCCAUUAAAUUCUAACUGUGUUUGCUGUUACGUCAGGUUUAAAGAUUCAGAACCUGAGAGGAGUUUGUCGAUCUUGAGACAAGGAUCUUGCUGUUCCAUUUGCUGUGAUGGCAAACAAUAGCAAUGGCUGUUUUUUUAACCUUUCAAUAUUUAGGAAUGAUAGCCUCACAGGACAAGAAAACAACCACUAAAGGGGACUGUGGUGAGACAGCCUGAGUGUUGACUUAAGCAAGCCAACACUCCAUCACAGAAGAUGUUAAGAUCAUAGAAAUGUUAUGGUCUUGAACCCUGAACACAGCUAGUGCGGUCAAAUGUUUGGGGUAAAGCAACUCUGGGGGCAUCUAGUAAUAUGCAAGCAUUAUGGAUUUUUCACUGCAUAACUGAACAAAUUUCUACGCUUCAUGAUAUUUUUUCCCAUCCUUGCAAUAUAUCUACAUAAGUACUUAUUAUGCUUUUCUUGUUUUUUGUCAUGCACAUCUAUGCACUGUUACUCAUGAAACAUUCAUUCUGAAAGGUCAAAUAACAAGGUCACCGUAUGUGUAAGUAAUCAUUGAGAGCCAAAGGCUCAGGCUUCUGUCUGCUCUGAACACUCAGACCAUUCUUUGGAUCUUUAUGAUGUCAGUGAAAAGGGAUAUCUUUAAUAUGUCCAUCUGAGGUAUGUAGCUCUGUAUGUGAGCAGCAAAGCUCCACCCAGCUGCUAUUCAAAACUUGUAUUUGCGAUGAACAAAUCAGACAAAAUGCAAGAACAAAUCAGACUAAACGAGAGGCCAAAAAGACGUAAAGCAACUCACGUCAGAGAGCGAAGAACUACAGGUCUGUACCCAAGCCAAGUAUGAAAUGAACACUGCAAAGCUACUAGUAGAGUCCAAGAGUACAUAUAUAGAAUAUAUAAGGUCACCUUUAAAGAUUGAUGUAAUAUAACACAAAAUUCCAGCUGAAUCUCUUUGGAGAGAACUGCUUUGUGCCGGAUUGAUUACUCGAUCCUACACAGGAAAACUGAGUCAGGCAAAUGGUCCUGACAACAAGGAUGCUGUUUUUAAUUUGGGCUUUUAUCUGCUAAACAAAAUGGGUUCAAACACCCUGCUGGCAAUCAAUACAUGUAAGCAAAUUAGAGAUGCAUUAUGACAGGAAAGGAGACUUAAUUAAAACGAUACGAGGAGCACAAAUGUUGUUCCUUUUGCCUUUCAGCUCUCAGCUGAUGUGUUGAAAGGCAGCAAUAAAAUCUGCAGCUUUUCGUAAAAGAAACACACCAAAUCACAGUUAUUUAUAUAUAAGUGGUUUAUAAAUUUCUGAUCAAAUGUAAUAUGAUAAAACAGAAAACAAGCUACAGAGAGGAGAUGCCCAAACAUGACCAAAAUUAAAGAUAUAUAAAGAAGGCUUGUAUUUAUUUGAAUUUUAAAUUUAAAAAAGAAAGUAAUAUUUGAAGACAGUCACUGAGGGUUACUGAGCUGACAUUUAAAAAAAAGAUCCUCUUUAGUCUUGAUUCGGGGCUUAAGAACAGCUAACCCCCGCCCACCACCACCAAACUCAUCAAAGUAAGGACAGCAAUGAAAGCAGCAUACAAUCAAACCUGAAACUAACUCGUGGCUAAUGAUGAAGGGCGGCUGAAACUGGACUGAUGUGCUCUUGUCUCUUUGAAUGCAGAGGCCAGUGAAAUGUCAGCCUCUUGUUCAGCUUGUUCAUUUGGGCUACAUUCUUCUCUCCAGCCACGAGGUGGCGACA